CCAACGGCCGUCAGGGCUUCCGUAACACUUUCGAGGACGCGCCCCACCUCUCCCCAUAUAAAUAUCUGGCUCCGGGGGUUCUGGCGGCCUAUCGAGGCGAGACGGGGGAACGCCGGAGCCUGCUUAGGUAGAUCUCUGACCUCUGUACUGUGAGCUUUCUUAAAAUGGCUGAUGGUCAUGAAACUGAUAGGAACAUUGAGAUAUGGAAGGUUAAGAAAUUAAUCAAGGCAUUAGAAGCUGCUAGAGGUAAUGGCACUAGCAUGAUCUCUCUGAUCAUGCCACCUCGUGAUCAAAUCGCUCGAGUUGCUAAAAUGUUGGGUGAUGAAUAUGGAACCGCCUCUAACAUUAAGAGCAGAGUCAAUCGACAGUCUGUAUUGGCUGCCAUUACUUCUGCGCAACAGCGGUUGAAGCUUUACAACAAGGUUCCUCCAAAUGGACUAGUUCUGUACACAGGAACCAUUGUUACUGAAGACGGCAAAGAAAAGAAGGUCACCAUAGAUUUUGAGCCAUUCAAGCCGAUUAAUGCAUCACUGUAUCUCUGUGAUAACAAGUUCCAUACUGAGGCAUUGAGUGAGCUUCUGGAAUCUGAUGACAAGUUUGGUUUCAUAGUAAUGGAUGGCAAUGGAACUCUUUUUGGCACUUUAAGUGGCAAUACUCGUGAAGUGCUUCACAAGUUCACGGUGGAUCUUCCAAAGAAGCAUGGAAGAGGAGGGCAGUCAGCAUUGCGAUUUGCUCGCCUCCGUAUGGAGAAGCGCCAUAACUAUGUCCGCAAGACAGCUGAACUUGCUACACAAUUCUAUAUAAAUCCUGCCACAAGUCAGCCAAAUGUUGCUGGAUUGAUUUUGGCAGGUUCUGCUGAUUUCAAAACAGAGUUGAGUCAGUCCGACAUGUUUGAUUCUCGCCUCCAGGCUAAGAUUCUCAAUGUGGUUGAUGUCUCAUAUGGAGGAGAGAAUGGCUUCAAUCAGGCCAUUGAAUUGUCAGCAGAGAUUCUAUCAAAUGUCAAGUUCAUACAGGAAAAGAAGUUGAUAGGAAAGUAUUUUGAGGAAAUAAGCCAGGACACUGGAAAAUAUGUAUUUGGUGUGGAUGAUACACUGAAAGCUCUUGAAAUGGGUGCUGUUGAGACUCUGAUUGUGUGGGAAAAUUUGGAUAUCAACAGAUAUGUUCUAAAGCACGGUACUAGUGGUGAAAUCAUGAUAAAGCAUUGGAACAAGGAUCAAGAAGCAGAUCAGAAGAACUUUCGAGAUGCUGCAACAUCUGCAGAGCUGGAAGUGCAAGAGAAGAUGUCUCUCUUGGAGUGGUUUGCUAAUGAGUACAAGCGUUUCGGGUGCUCCCUCGAGUUUGUUACCAACAAAUCUCAAGAGGGCUCUCAGUUUUGCAGGGGCUUUGGUGGAAUUGGUGGGAUCCUUCGUUAUCAGUUAGAUAUAAGGGCUUUUGAUGACCUGUCUGAUGAAGAAUACUAUGAAGAUUCUGAUUAGCAAUCAGCCAAACUUGAACUGGAUCCGGUCCAGGAGGAGCCUGUGCUGGCCCUUCCUGCGACCGGACAUGCUCCUCGGGGGCUGCACAUCUUCAGAAAAAAUAUGAUGGAACAGUUUCACAGUGAUCAGGAUGGAUCAUUUCAUUGACUGGCAUGAUGAUACGAUAUGGAAAUGAAGAUUUCUCAGCUGCCCAAUGCUGAGAUCUUGGAGGUUUAUGAGUUGCUUUCUUAGGUCCUUAUAACUAGAAAUAAUGACUUUACUGUUUGGUAUUAUACUGCGGCAGGAAUGCCUGCUUUGAAGUGUUUCUUGGCUGUUCUUGUUACUACUGAAACCAUUGCAGUUGGUUUGUCAUGGUAGAACCUAUUUUAUGUAUGUGUGCUUGUUUGUGCUGCUUAUUUUUGUUGUCUUAGAAUCCUUGGCAGUCUAUGAUGUCACUUAAAACGUCGGAAUUCAACUUCUAUCAUCAGCACAAAUCAGACUCCAUAAAUGGGAGGCAGCGUAUUGAGCAACAGAUUGUUUUCUGUUGGCUCAAUGUUUAGGAAACAUGGUUUGCUAAUCUGUAGGAAAUCUGCCAAUAAUCAAUGUGCAUCUCCUUUUAAGCA